CUGAGCUGAACUCUUCACCGCUGUCUCUGCUCCUCCAAAUCCAAAUGAGUAAUAACGGCUCAAAAACCAGGCUUAUGUCAUGCUGAUUACAGGAGGAAUGAUUAGGAAUCGUUUGGAGUGGGGUGGAACUCUGAUCAUAGAUCAUGACUUUCAAGCACCUGAGUGUAAAGACACAUGAGGAAGACUGUUCUCCAUUGCUGACUGAAGCCAAGUGUUCCAAAUGUCCCAACACUAAACACAGGAGGACAGAUCCACCAGAAUUCUUACUCAGCAAACGACAAAAUAUUGCCCUGAGUAUUGCUCUUCUUCUGAGCUGUUACUCAGUAAUUCUUGUUCCAGCUUAUUUGCCUACAAAACAACCCACUUUGACUGAAAGCUCCACAGAGGAGUUCAAGGCUGUAGUUAACAGUUCAGCAGUGUUGCUGUCAAAUCCAUGUAAAAGUGGCUGGACCAAGGUACAGCUACAGAAAGUGCAGAGGUUCCAAAACCUGCUUCAGAUUCCUGUAUUCCUGCAUAAUGGAACAGGCUUUUGGGAUAUGCCACCUCCACUCGGUCUACAGGGCACUAAGGAGACUUUGGUACAGACACUUAGAAUUCUGCCCAACUAUGGGCUGCCUUCUGGCUCAGAUAAGUGUAGAAGAUGCAUAGUGGUUGGGAGUGGUGGAAUCUUACGUGGCAAACAUCUUGGAGCCCAUAUUGAUAAAUAUGACAUUAUCAUCAGAUUAAACAAUGCACCAAUAUUUGGAUUUGAAAAAGAUGCAGGCUCAAGAACCACCAUCCGAUUGAUAUACCCUGAAGGAGCCCCUAUUUCCAAACAAGAAUACCAAAACACAGAUAUAAUAGCAUUAGUUGCAUUCAAGAGGCUGGAUUUAGAAUGGCUUUCCUCUGUCGUGACCAGAAAACCUUUGAGCUGGUGGUCUAAACUGUGGUUCUGGAGGGAUGUGAUUAAUGAGAUUCCACUGGAGCCAGGAAACUUUCGCAUCCUGAACCCUGAAAUACUCAAAAGGAUAUGGAAUGUGCUGCUAACGUACACAGAACUACAAAGAAAGAUUGUGCCUACCCUGGGCAUCGGUGGUGUGGUGUUAGCACUGCAGCUGUGUGAUGAAGUGAGUCUGGCAGGUUUUGGUUAUGACCUGAAACAUCCUGGAGCAUGGCUGCACUACUACGAGACUCUGCGCAUGGACCACAUGAUGGUACAAGUUGUGCAUGAUGUCAGCGCCGAGGGCAGCUUCCUUCGAGACCUGAUUAAAGCCGGGGUUGUGCAUGACCUCACAGGGGCACUGUGAUUAUCUAACAGCGUUUGCACGUUGAACAUGACACUGCUUCUUCAUCCUCGUGGGGCUAUUAUUAGACAUUCCAGGGACAGAAAGAACAAGCAAUGGCUUGUUUCAGUGGUAAGAUGUAAAGCAAUGUGAGGUACAAAAAGAAAAACAGUAUGAUCAAAAGAGGUGCCGAAGAGUCCUCUAGCAUCAAUGAGUCUUGACACUGUGAUGUGAAUUUGUAUGUACACAUAUUUAUUAUAAAUUUUAAUAAUUUAGCAAAACAUAAGAGCAGGCAGCACAAUGACACAAACAUACAGAAGGUGAACUGGCUACUCUAAAUUGUGUGCAAUAAUGGCUUAGCACCUUAUUUAGAGACCCUUACUUGUGUCUAGUACUUUUGGGUGGCAUUAGAAUCACCCAGCCUGUGAAUGAAAUAAUAAAUAAACUAAUUAAUGAUUAUUUUAUUUAUUUGGUCCCACCACCAGACAUCUUCUGGGUGGUUAUAUUAAUGAUUCUGACACAAAAUGAUGAAACAAAAUAAAUACAUUGAAAUGACACCUAGAAAAUAUCUGUAUUUUUAUUAGAAUUUUCAGUUCUUACUUUGAAUUUAUGAAUUAUUAUUAACCAUGACUGUUGCAUGGAUGCAAUAAAUUAUUGCUCAUUAAAA